AUUAGAGGAAUGAGCUCCACCUGUGUCUCAUCAGGACACAUGGACAUACAGUUAUACUCAUCAAUUUAAUACUAGUCCAGUUUUAUCAUAUUGUAUUUUAAAGCAGUUGAUAAGACUCAACCAUUAAUGUGACGUAUGGUGCAAUUGUAUGCGGCUUAAAAUGAAAAUAAAUUAAUAGGAUGAGCAGCUUGACCCCUGAACGCACCACAGCUUCCUGUUCUGAAGUGCAUAACUGUGCGGAUCGCGAUAGGAGGAGUAAACAUCCUGAAAAACACGUUUCACCUCAAACCAGCUCGGUUGGAUUUUCUCCUCGCCGUAACAGCAGCUGUCGCUGUCUCACUCCCUCCUCCACCUCCUCAGUUCUUCUGUCUCCCCUUGGCUGGGAAACGUUUUACUUGUUUUUAUUUUAGAGGUGAGUCAGAGCUCAGGUGAGGUAGGAUGGAUGCUGCUGGUGCGGAUAGACAGGCGGCGGUGAGCCCGCAGGAGCGGAGCAGCCACACGGCCUUCAUAGACAACAACACUCUGUAUGUGUGGGGAGGUUACCGGGUAGUUGCUGGAGCAGAUGUCAUGUUGCCCAGUGAUGAGAUAUGGCUCUGUGAUUUGUACAGUGGGACCUGGGAGCGAAAGGAGAUCAGUGGCAGUGAAAUCCCCCAGGACUUGUCAGGGUUCUGUGGUGCUCACGUCAACAGCACAUUUUACGUUUUUGCGGGAUGUGAUGGAGUGGGCUACACCAACCAGAUGUACAGUGUUGACCUGUCAGAGUCGACUCUUUCAUGGAAGAAAAUGACUGACAACAAGGGUACAACGCCGUCUCCAAGAAACAAACACUCCUGCUGGGUGCACGGGGACAGGUUGAUCUUCUUUGGAGGAUAUGGAUGCAAGACCAUUGGGGAAGUCCGAAACACUUCGUCCUCCAGCUUUGUUGUUGAAGAGAUGUCCUGGACAACAAUUGGAGACACGUUGUUCAGGUGCUGGGGCUGGAACAAUGAAGUCAAUGUGUUUGACACACACACGGCAUCAUGGAGCCUGCCUGAGACUCAGGGUCUGGCUCCUGCCCCCAGGGGCUGCCAUGCCAGUGCCCUCCUGGGGAACAAGGGUUACAUCUCCGGUGGUGUGGAGACGGUGGAGUUAGACAUGUUUUCCUUAGACCUGGAAACCUGGACCUGGACUAAAUUUGACAUCCCUAUGUCCUGCUCACCAAUGGGGCGCUCCAUGCACACCAUGACGGCCAUAGCUGAUCACUCUCUCCUUGUGUAUGGAGGCCUGGGCACAGACGGAAGCACUCUGAAUGAUGCCUGGCAGUUCAACACAUUGAGGAAAGAGCGGAUCAGGAUGACACAUCCACACAUGGACAAACCCAGAGUCUGUCACACUGCCAGUGUAGGGAGUGACAGUGACAUCGUUGUAUUUGGGGGGAGCAGUAAUCUCUGUAUCCUCAUAGAUACGGUGGCUGUUCUCAGGGCUCCAUCACAACAUCACUGCAGUGACAUCAUCAUCUUCCAGACACAGCCUUACUCCCUCUCCAGGUUGUGCGAGGACUUUGUGGGGAAGAAUCCUGGACUGUUUGUGAUUCAGCUGAACUGGCUGCCGUCAAAACUGAGGAGCAGAGUGGAUAAAAGAGUGGCCUUUUACUCCAGCAUGACGCCUGUUCAUACAAUCUGAGGACUGUUUUAGGAAGCCGUUCUGUGGUUUAUAAUGAAAAUUGUGAUAGUUUAAUUGUUUUAACUUAAAAAAAAUUGUAAAUAAAGUCUGUCUUAUUUUUAAAGAUAAAUCCAGUAAAAAUAUUUUUACUAGUAUUGAUUUAAGUGCCAUGUGUUUUUGAAUAAAGUUGUGUUGAUGUAUAAU